AUGGAUAAUGAUGAUGUAAACAACACACGUCUUAUAAAUCUUAUAUUUAGUUCUAAUCAUAAUCUACGUACGUCACUAAAACAUCUUGUCUUGGACAUGUAUAUUGGUGAACCAAGACUUCACAAUAUCAGAUUUUUACCAACAAACUUAGAAUAUUUCGAAGUUAAUGUAAUCGAUCUCGGACCUUUUCUAACUUUGAUUCCAUCGCUAGAACUUCGAUGUAAAACAAUUUUAUUUAAAUAUUUAGAAGUAAAUAAUGGUUAUGUACCACCAUCAUCGUCAUUGAAAGUCCUUAAUUAUUGUACAAACUGUUUUCCCGAAGUCAAACAGUUGACAAUUGAUAAUAGUUCUUCCGAUGAAACAUUAACAGCGGAAGAGCUUGAAUUACUACUAAGAAAUCAAUGUUCAAAAUUACUGAAAUUUCAAUAUGUUUUUAAUACAUUUCGACUUUCCAAUAUUCAACAUAACUCUGCCAGUUAUUGGCAAACAUUCGAGCAAUCGAAAUUCUGGCAAAAUCGCCAUUUCACAUUUAGAUACGAUGAUGAUCGUUGGGGACUCACUAUACUUGAAUUCGAUCUAAGAUAA